GAGAUUUUAGUUCCAUCAUCAGGGAAAAUCACUUCGCACUUGACUGGCUCUCUGUUAGCAGUGGCAUUCUUGACUUCCUUUGGGAGCUCUAUGCUGUAUGGCUACAACCUGGCUGUGGUCAACUCCCCUGCUGCAGGACCCAAUAAAGCACAGGUCAUUAACUGGCGGACCGCGGUCCGGGGCUGGACCCAGAAGCUGUCCCAUCCGGACCCAUACCUACAGAAAAUCAAAGGGGUAAUAUUUAAAACUUGACGGGCGCUUUUAUUUUAACUUGCGUCGCUUUUAUAGACUUCACGGUAGCGUCUUAGUGUGUACGGAAAAGGACAGACCAAUUGCAUGACAGUUAAGCCACACCACGUGAUAGCUCUCAGCCAAACAAGUCUGUGCAUUCCUGGCGGUAAAUAUUGUGACUGCAGGAAGUGCAGAGAAGUCAGAUGAGAAGGAGGCAAAGUGACACACGACAGUUGAGGAGAUACAGACAGCCACGUCUUAGAAAGUAGAGAAAGAGACACAACAGCACUGGAGAGAGUUGAACGAGACUGGUGAGAAAAAAGAAAGGGAGAGUAAUGAGUGCCCCAGAGAAAGGAAGUCAGGACAGUGCUACAGAGAGCUGAACGAGACGGGUGGGGCAGAGAAACGGAAAGAUAAGGAACAGAUGGCGCUUUCUAAAAAAGAAAAGUGGACAGUGAAAAUAGGAUCUUUAAUCCGGAAUGGACAGACUCAUUUUUAUUCAUCCUUCCCGCUGGAAGCACUAAACCAGUGUGUCUCAUAUGUUCAGAAACCGUAGCACUUGUUAAAAGUGCCAAUGUGAAACGUCAUUAUGAGACAAAACAUAAAUGUUUUGAACAUACACACCCAGUCAAAUCUGAAGUAAGAGCACAAAAAAUAAGUUAUCUGAGAGCCCAGUAUGAGCAGUCCACCAGGAUCCUGAGCCACACUUUCACUGCCCAACAACGAGUUCAUGAAUGUUCCCUCAGAGUUGCUUGGAUUUUGGGUCAACACAAAAAAGCAUUUACUGAGGCAGGGGUCAAAGAAUGCAUGAGUGCAGUAGCUGAAACACUACUUGAAGGGAAACAAAAACAAGAGCUGUGUGAUAAAAUAAAGCAAAUACCUCUAUCAGCCUCAUCUGCAACAAAAAGAGGUGAAAUAUUGACCCAGUAUGUGCUAUCUCAGUUAGAUGAAGCCAUGCGCAAAGCGCCAUGUGUAGGUUUAGCUGUGGAUGAGUCCACUUGACAUUUGUGACAACGCUCAGCUGUUAAUUUAUGUCAGGUUUUUCAACAUAGACCAGAAAAUAUUCUGUGAAGACUUGCUAGGUGUCACUCCCCUUCAGACCAGUACAAGAGGAGAGGACAUCUACCUGACCAUUAAGAAGAUGUUAACUGAAAGAGGAAUGGAGCCAAAGAAAAUAGUUUCCAUAACCACAGAUGGAGCUCCUGCUAUGAUAGGGAGAGAAAAAGGAGCUGUUGCAAGACUGAAAGAGGCCAAUCCAGAUCUAGUAACAUACCAUUGCAUCAUUCACCAGUCUGUCCUCUACACAUCCCUGUCAGAUGAGUAUGCUGAGGUGAUGAAUAUAAAGAUGAAAAUGAUACAUUUUCUCAGGGCAUCCUCAUCCUACCAGCAUCGCAUGCUAAGAGAAUUCCUCAAAGAAGUUAAUGCUGAUGCUGAUGAUCAUUUGCUCCACAAUAAUGUGAGAUAUCUCAGCAAAGGAAGGGUAUUAGCACGCUUUUGGUCCUUUAGGAAGGAAGUUGCAUCUUUUUUGGCAGAGCUUAGAAGUCACAAGGCAAAACAGUUUUCUCACUUUUUAGAAAAUAAGAAAUACAUGGACAAUGUGGCCUUUUUGGUUGAUGUUACCUCCCAUCUGAAUGAACUAAAUUUGAGACUACAGAGCAAGGACAAUUCUGUCUCUGAGCUGAUGACAGCCGUCCGCUCCUUUCAGAGGAAGCUUGAGGUGUUCAAGGAAGACCUGCAGGGAGAGUGUGCCCACUUCCCAGCACUACAAGAACAGGUUCAGGGGGAGCGAGAAGUGUCUUUCUUUGUUGAUUUUAUUGAUAAGCUGAUUAUAAACUUCAGAAACCGUUUUGACAGCUUCAACUUUGGACCACAGCUCAACUUGUUCAUUCAGAACCCAUUUCUCAUCACAGAUGUCAAGAGGUUCUCGAAGGAAGUGGCACAGCUCCUUAAAUGGGUAGAUCAUGGGCCUCUCCAGAUGCAGUUGAUUAAUCUCCAAGCAGAUGUGGCCCUGAAAGAACAGUUUGAAAGAACUGACCCUCCCUCUUUCUGGCUUCAAAUGGUCCCUGAAACAACCUUCUCAGGUCUAAAGAAAGUAGCCAUAUACAUCCUGACCAUGUUUGGCUCCACACACAACUGUGAAGCAGCUUUUUCUGCAAUGGACAUUAUCAAAACUAAAUGCCGUUCAAGACUCACUAAUGAACACCUCCAUAUGUGCAUGAGAAUGGCUUUGACUCCAUUCAAGCCUAGGUUUAAAGUUCUAGCAGGGGAAGCUCGAGCUCAGUUUUCUCACUGAGCAAAAAAGUGGGAAACUCAACACAAAAGAUGAAGAAAAUAAGCUUCUAAAGUUGUUGAAAUUUCUUAUCUGUAAAUCUGUUGAGAUUGUUGAUGUAACACAAAAAGAGAAAAUGCCAGCUCUUUGUUUUAGUUUUUUUUUUCAUAUUCUGAAUUUAACACUUAAAAUGAAGUUAUCAUGUCAUUAAUAUUGUCUUAUUUGCAAAUGUAGCUCAAAUUUAUUUAGCUAAUGAAAGAAAAUUGCACAUAUGGGCAGUUAUACAUAUGUUCAGUUCCAUGAUAUGUCACAAUAUAACAAUAAAUACUGAAAACAUUCUAUGAGUCGGAGUGAAUUGAGUGUAAGGUAUUGAUCAUAUACAGAUGAUGAGACAGCUACAAGGAUACUUAAAUAUAUAUUAUAUUGAAUAGUUAAAUUAUAUAAUCUUCCGGACCCUUUCUUAAACAAAUUUUCUCUAACUGGACCUUUUCAGGUUUUAGUUGAAUACCCCUGCAAUAAGGGGAAGCCAAAAUGGGAGAAAUAAGAUCUCUCUUUUUCA